AUACGUAGUGGAAAGAUGGCGUCAACCGUGUGUGUUUCUAGGUGCCGACUUUUAGCAAAAUUAGAUAUAAAUCGUGGUUUGUGUUUAUCACCGAUCUUUAGGGAUUUCUCCAAUAACAGGGAGUCAUGGUGUCGAAGGUGGCGGCCAACCCGCCGCUCUCUCUUCACAGGCGUAUGCGCACAUCGAUCCAAGUCACCUUCCAAAGUCAGCCACGAGAAAUCUGACGGGCUACCAUCUUCAGUUACACCAUUGAUGUCUACUGAUGAUGUGACGGUGACGUACCGGCGAGGUUUGCCGGUGAUAACAGUGCCGUUGCCGUCCCGCCGCGAACGAUGUCGCUUCACUCUGCGGCCCGUCUCUCAAACUGUAGGCGACCUAUUAGAGCAAGUCAAGGCGGAAGACCGCGGCGUGGAGCGUGCGGCUGCACUGGCGGCGGAUGAGCGUGUGCGCAUCGCUGCGAGCGACACUAUUGAAUCGCUGCUCGAGAACGACUUUAGACUCAUCAUCAACGACACCGAGUAUUAUGUCAAGAGUCCUGCGCAGGAACGCCUGAGCAGCGAAGAGAUAACGCGACUGAGCGAUGUUAGAAAUUUGGUCAACCAAUUAUACGAAGCCUUGAACGUCCGCGAGCAUCAGAUUAGGAAAGAAAGGGAACUACGUGGUCAACUUGAAAAACUGUCCACUGAGUUAGCACCACUGGAAGAGAAAUUCCAGUCGUUGGAAGUAGAAACUUCAAGACGUACAUCAGCACUCACAUGGGUCGGUCUCGGCUUGAUGGGCGUACAGUUCGGCGUAUUAGCUCGACUGACGUGGUGGGAGUACUCAUGGGACAUCAUGGAGCCGGUCACCUACUUCGUUACGUAUGGAACAGCAAUGGCUGCAUACGCAUACUUCGUGCUUACUAAACAGGAGUACAUAUUGCCGGAUGUGAAGGACAGGCAGCACCUACUGACUUUGCACAAAAAGGCAAAGAAGAUCGGCCUCGAUAUUAAUCAGUACAAUUAUUUGAAAGAACAGAUCAACAAAUUAGAAAAAGAUUUAGCUCGGCUGCGUGAUCCACUUCAAAUCCACCUACCUUCCUCUUAUGUUGAGAAAGUCGGAGAGGACAAGCGUUCACCACUUUCCAAAAUAAAGAACAUUAUUGAGGAGACCAGCAAAAAGAUAAAAAUCACGUAAUAUUGGUUUCACUUGCGUCGCAAGUAGACGCAUAGCGACACACAAAUGCUCUUAUACAAAUAUUUUACAAUCGUCUUGCUAUGAAGUCCCGUGAUAUUAAAGAAAUAAGCGGGAUUGAAGAAGGACAUAAGUGAUUGUUCUUUCGAUUUUUAUUUUUGUGGUACUUAGUUGAGAAAGGGAAAUGAAUAUUUUAGGAAUGUUUCAAGCGUUUAUUUAUUUAUGAAAUAAAUCACAUACCUAAGGGGAACCUACAUAUAUACCGUCAGCUGUGGCAUGAUUUCGGGACUUUUGUUGAUGUUUACCUAAGCGUACAUAACUACUUUCGUCACUUUUAUAGGAUCGAACAAAUAAUUCUAAACUGGGCUUAAUUUAUAUUUUAAAAGCAUAUAUUCGUCAGUGGUAACGCAGGCGCGUCCGGAGCGGUGCAUAUAUCAACGUACAGCGAAAAAUGGGCGGGAUCGGUGCACGAUGAUAGAUUAUUACUAUGUAUCUGGUUCAUUAUUAAUAUGAAAGAGUGAGACUGGUGUGUGGCUGUCGGAAGUCGUCGGCUGUGCGAGAAAAUCUGCAAAAUAACGGACCGUGGGAAGAACCUUUCAAUAAAAGAUUAAUAAUGCCGCAGUUAAUAGAUAGUGAUCUUGAAAUCUAGUGAGUGUACUUUAUUUGAAUAUCACUAGUAUCAGGUUUCUUACCACGGUAUGACUUCUUUUUAUUUUCCCGUUCAGAAAUAUCGGGAAAAUAAAAAGAAGUCA